GGGGUACUUCAGCCCCACUGGCGGUGAGUCGGGGUACUGCGGCUCGGCGGGACGCCCCCCUGGCGGUGAGUCGGGGUACGGCGGCCCGCUACAGGACGCGCCGCUCCGCGCAGGGACUGGUUCUUUCGCAGCCAUUUUCUGUCCAACCAAACAGCCGUUCCGAGAAGGUAACCAACCAGGGCUUCAUCGCAGAUGGACGGAGACGGUUCCACCACAGACGCCUCCCAGCUGGGUAUCACCGGAGAGUACAUGGCGUCCGGGCACUACGUACUGCAAUCACAAGAAGAUGACGGGGAUGAGAGUCUAAACGACCAUGAGGAGGGGGGCAUUAAGGAGAACUUCAGGGAACAGGACAUCUACCUGCCCAUCGCCAACGUGGCUCGCAUCAUGAAGAACGCAGUCCCGCAGACGGGGAAGAUCGCCAAAGACGCCAAGGAGUGCGUGCAGGAGUGCGUGAGCGAGUUCAUCAGCUUCAUCACGUCGGAGGCCAGCGAGCGCUGCCACCAGGAGAAGAGGAAAACCAUCAACGGCGAGGACAUCCUGUUCGCCAUGUCCACGCUGGGCUUCGACAUGUACGUGGAGCCGCUGAAGCUGUACCUGCAGAAGUUCAGAGAGGCGAUGAAGGGGGAGAAGGGAAUGCCGGGUGUCUCCGUGGGGGAAGGCCUAGGGGAGGAGCUAACCGACGACAGCUUCACCAAUCCGCUGCCAGCAGGCAUCAUCACGGCUGACGGCCAGCAGCAGAACGUCAUGGUGUACACGACGGCGUACCAACAGAUUCCGUCCGUUCAGCAGAUCCAGUUCUCAUGACGGGGGUCCGUUCCGACGCGGCCCUGCCACACGCUGCUAGGACCCCCCCUCCCCCCCACCAACUUCUACCUGGGGGCGGGGGGGGGGGUUAAAGGUCACCAUAUAGAACAGACAUAGAACAGGAAGUAGUACUAGUAGUAGGUAGUGGUGAGGUGGAGGAGGGCGGGUCUAGCGACCCAGUCCCUGGGUGUACAGUUUAAGAACGACAGACCGAGAAGCAUUCUGUUCAUUAGGGUGUAGAUUCUGGGAGGGGGGGGGGGGGGGGGGGACGCGCUGAGAAUGUCGUUGUAACGGGUUGUAAUUGUUCUUCUUUUUGUUUUUUAAAAGCUAGCGUCAUUACACAGGUGUAGCGGUCAGAGAUGUUGUGUUUGGGGAGACUUCGGGAGCGUCUUGUGAACUUGUGUUUGGUUUUUAUGCCCGUUGUUUCUGGCGGGUGGGUGGCGGGCGGGGGGGGGGGGGGGGGGGGGGGGGGGGGUGGAGGGCUGGGGUUGGAGGUGUGUCUGGUGCUUUUCUGUUUGUGUAAAAUCCUUUUCUUUAAGCCUUGAUGGUGGUUUUGCCAGACCCACACCGCUGUUUUGUACGUUGAUACCGAUGACCGUGUGCAUUAAUGUUAUGAAGAUCCUUUGAAAUAAAUGCAAAACUGACUGAAA